CUAACAGCAUUUUUACCUAAACUAUUAAAAAUGGCGCUCGCCGACGUUUGUGGAUUCCGUGAUACAUCAUUUCAAACUAAAAUAUUUGGUGGAAACAGAGGAACAGAUGCAUCGCAAUUGUUUCAAGACGUAGAAUGUUUAUCUCAAAAUUUUUCGAUGCCAUACAACUUUGAUCCUGUACAGAAUUUACAACAAUUUCAAGAGAAGGACAGCAAGGUAAAAAUUCACUUUGACCAUGGUACUACAACACUUGCCUUCAAGUUUCAACAUGGUGUUGUAGUGGCUGUUGAUUCAAGGGCUACAGCAGGACCUUACAUUGCUUCACAGACUGUAAAGAAGGUUAUAGAGAUCAAUCCAUAUUUGUUGGGUACGAUGGCUGGUGGUGCUGCAGAUUGUUCAUACUGGGAGAGAGUACUGGCAAAACAAUGCAGAAUCUACGAGUUGAGGAAUAAGGAAAGAAUAUCUGUAGCAGCAGCAUCAAAACUUUUAGCUAAUAUGGUGUAUAAUUAUAAAGGAAUGGGUCUCUCUAUGGGUACAAUGAUAGCUGGCUGGGACAAGAAGGGUCCAGGACUAUAUUAUGUAGACAGUGAUGGUGAUAGGUUGACCAACAACUUGUUUUCUGUGGGAUCAGGUUCCGUGUAUGCCUAUGGUGUGCUAGACAGUGGUUACAAGUGGGACCUUUCUGUAAAGGAGGCUCUAGAUCUCGGACAGCGUGCAAUCUACCAUGCUACAUUCAGAGAUGCUUACAGUGGUGGUGUUGUCAAUUUAUAUCAUAUGAAGGAGACAGGAUGGGAAUUUAUAUCUAGAACAGACACAGCAGAUCUACAUUAUAAAUUCCAGGAUGAGAAGAAGAAAUAAAACAAUCUCAAAUAAUUAACUUACUGUUUUUGUGAUAGUUCAUGUCUUAAAAGUGCUACAUGUGAAAAAAAUGAUUACAAAGUUUAUCAUAGACAUAACCUAAAAUAUAAAAGAUUUUUUACUGACAAAUCUGCUAUGUCUAAGGUUAUAUGUUGCAUUCUUUAUGAAAACAAAGUUCUGCAUUGUACUUCAGAAUUUGACAGCAGGUUUCAUAGAUAAUUUCUGGUUUAUAAAAAAGAUUCUAAUACAGAAUUGAUUGUUCUUUUCUCUCACUAUGGCAUAUGCUUAAAACAUAUUUCAAGAAUUCAACAUUUGUUUAUCACAUUUCUUGUAUUAUUGUGAUUUCACAUGAAUACCAUUAUUUUUCUCAUGUCAUUUCAUAAAAGAUGAAAAUAGAAAGAAGAA